AUGCCUUAUUUGAAACUAUCUGAUGGUACUGAUCUUUAUUAUAAAGACUGGGGUACUGGUGAUCCAAUUGUCUUUAGCCAUGGAUGGCCCUUAAAUGCUGAUGCUUUUGAAGAUCAAAUGAUUUAUUUAGCCAACAAGGGUUUUAGAGUCAUUGCACAUGAUCGUAGAGGUCAUGGUAGAUCUUCUCAACCAUGGGAUGGUAAUAAUUUGGACCAAUAUGCUGAUGAUUUAGCUGAGCUUGUACACCAUUUGAAAUUGAAGAAUGUUGUUCAUGUUGGACAUUCUACUGGUGGUGGUGAAGUUGCAAGAUAUAUUGGUCGUCAUGGUGUCAAUAAUGUCUCAAAGGCUGUUUUAAUUGGUGCUAUUCCUCCAUUGAUGUUGAAAACUGAAUCUAAUCCUAAUGGUACACCAAUUGAGGUGUUUGAUGAUAUUAGAAGCAAUGUUUUGAAAGAUCGAUCAAAAUUUUUCAAAGAGUUGGCUCCAACUUUCUAUGGGUUUAAUCGUGAAGGUUCUGCAAAAUCUGAUGGUUUGAUUGAAGGUUUUUGGUUUCAAGGAAUGCAAGCAUCAAUUAAGGCAUUACAUGAUUGUGUAACAGCUUUUUCAUCAACCGAUCAAACAGAGGAUUUGAAAAAAAUGAAUGUUCCAACACUAGUUUUAUAUGGUGAUGAUGAUCAAAUUGUCCCACCAAUUGCUUCGAGUCAAGCUGCUUUGAAAUUAUUGCCUCAACCGACCGAGAAAGUUUAUAAAGGUGCUUCACAUGGUGUUUGUAGCACUCAUAAAGAUCAAGUUAGUGAAGAUAUUCUCAAGUUUAUCAAGAAUUGA